GAGCGAGGUCACGUGCGCAGAGUACGCAGAACCCGGAAGUAAACGUUAGCGUCUUCAACACAAACAGCGCAGGGUUUAGUUGUUUACUUCUCUUCAUCGUUCAUGUUUAAAGUGCUUGUUUAAAACCAUGGCGCAGAAAAUCAACGAAGCUCACGAGCACAUCGCUAAGGCUGAGAAAUGCUUGAAGACGAGCUUUAUGAAGUGGAAGCCUGAUUAUGACAGUGCUGCAUCAGAAUACGCUAAAGCAGCUGUCGCCUUCAAGAACGCCAGACAGCUGGAGCAGGCGAAAGAUGCUUAUCUACAGGAGGCAGAGGCUCACACCAGCAACAGAUCUCUGUUCCAUGCUGCCAAGGCCUUCGAGCAAGCAGGAAUAAUGCUGAAGGACAUGCAGAGGUUACCCGAGGCUGUGCAGUUCAUCGAGAAAGCCAGCGUGAUGUACGUGGAGAACGGCACUCCAGACACCGCCGCCAUGGCCCUCGACCGAGCCGGGAAGUUGAUGGAGCCUCUGGAUUCAGCGAAAGCCGCUCAUCUGUACCAGCAGGCAGCAGGAGUGUUUGAGAAUGAGGAGCGACUACGGCAAGCAGUGGAGCUCAUUGGCAAAGCAUCAAGACUUCUUGUUAGACAACAGAAGUUUGACGAAGCUGCCGAGUCCCUUCAGAAGGAGAAGAACAUGUAUAAAGAAAUAGAAAACUAUCCGACGUGUUUUAAGAAAACAAUCGCACAAGUGCUGGUGCAUCUGCACAGAGGAGACUAUGUGGCGGCAGAGAAGUGCGUGCGGGAGGGCUACAGUAUCCCAGGAUUCAGCGGGAGCGAGGACUGCGUGGCCAUGGAGCAGCUUCUGCAGGGCUACUACGAUCAGGAUGAAGAGCAGGUGUCUCGCGUCUGCACUUCACCGCUGCUCAGAUACAUGGACAACGACAAUUUGGCAGUAUGCAAAGCUUGCCAUCAGCCUGAAAGUGCCUGGAGGAGGAAAGAAGAAACCUGCUGCUGGAGAUUCAGGAGCUUCGCCGCCGGAGGAAGAGGAGGAUGAGUAUGCUGGAGGCCUCUGUUAAAGCUCUAGUCUACCAAACAUACUGAGACUCCUCCAUGAAGGUGCAAGCAUGAUCCCUAAAUAUGAUAUUCCUGUACUGGAGGUGUUUGUUUUUUUAAGAUGCUUUCAGAACGAAGGAGAGAAAAGUCCUUACGAUAAGCAGCACGUUUAUGCAACAUCAUCCUCUCUUAAAGGGAUAGUUCACCCAAAAAUGAAAAUUCUGUCAUUGAUUACUCACCCUCGUGU